GAUGCUGAUCAGGUUUCCACAUUUGCAAAAUAUUAUGUGAUUCAGUAUUUUGUACAGUCAGCAAGUAAUAUUCGAUGGUAUGCAUAACACUAAGUUUAUUGCUCCCAUCUCUAAACCACGGAGGUGUAAUACAGUCAUGACACUUUUAGUCGUAUUUUCAUCUGGGCUCAACAAACACUUCUCCAUUUGCACCGGAAUAUGUGAAAUGAUUUAAUGGGGAGAGGUUGCGUAGCAGAGACCGGUGAGAAUUUUGCUGGAUUGAUACAUUGACGUGAAUUUCAGAUGCAUCGCCCUAAUGGUAUUAAUCUGGCUGCCCGGAGAGAAUUCAGUUCAGCGCGAAGGCAAGGCAAGGCAGCAGGGAUGAUGUGAGUGCACGAAGACAAAUCGCUAACUGACAUUUCAACCACAUUGCAUAUUUGCCGUCCAUUUUACAUUGGAAAGCAUGUUUAUUUUGUGUCAUAAUACGAAUAUGUAUAGACAAAAUCAACAUCUAGAAUCAAGGUGAUGAAGGCUGGCACAUUUCCAUCGCUAUUCUUCAAGGAAUGAAAACGCUCCAAGAUGGUCCGCAUCGCAAACGCUCUGGGUCUGGUCAUAUUGAUGGUUGCUCUUCUCAUUUUAUCCUUAAUAAGUUAUGUGUCCAUUAGAAAGGACAGCAUCUUCUCUUCCACAAAAAAUGACAAUAUGGGAGGACCACGGAUAAUGUUCCACGCAGGAUUUCGGUCACAGUUUGCCAUGAAUUUCCUGGACCCAUCCUUCAUCCCGUUAACCAAUGCUCUGAACGAGGAGCUGCAAGGCAAACCCUCCAAAUGGAAAUUCAAUAGGACAGCUUUUUAUCAGCAAAGGAAAGAGAUCUUCCAUUACAUUGAUGUGGCCAACAACUUCUCCCUCACCAAGAACGGUGUGCGCGUCGGCCAGCUGAUGCACUUCGACUACUCCAGUCACAAGUAUGUCUUCUCUAUAAGCAACAACCUGAAGUCACUGCUUCCUGAUGCUUCACCCAUCCAGAACAAGCACUACAACGUGUGUGCCGUGGUGGGUAACAGUGGGAUCCUGACUGGUAGUCAUUGUGGGCCAGAGAUCGACAGCGCCGACUUUAUCUUCCGCUGCAACUUCGCCCCUACCGACUCCUACUACAAGGAUGUGGGCCGGAAGACCAACCUCACCACAUUUAACCCCAGCAUCCUGGAGAGGUACUACAACAACCUUUUGACCAUCCAGGACCGCAACAACUUCUUCCUCAACCUGAAGAAGCUGGAGGGGGCCAUUUUGUGGAUCCCUGCGUUUUUCCUCCACACCUCGGCCACCGUCACACGGACCCUGGUGGACUUCUUUGUUGAGCACAAGGGGCAGCUGAAAAUCGAGCUGGCCUGGCCUGGAAACAUCAUGCAGGAUGUCAACAAAUAUUGGAAGACCAAGAACCUGUCCCCGAAGCGACUCAGCACUGGUAUCCUCAUGUACACUCUGGCCUCGGCCAUGUGUGAGGAGAUCCAUCUGUAUGGCUUCUGGCCCUUCGGCUGGGAUCCCAACACAGGCAAGGAGCUGCCCUACCACUACUACGACAAGAAAGGAACCAAGUUCACCACCAAGUGGCAGGAGACCCACCAGCUGCCCAGUGAGUUUAAGCUGCUCUACAAGAUGCAUGGAGAAGGUGUGACCAAGCUGAGCCUUUCACACUGUUCCUAGACAU